UGUUUUAAUUAAUUGAUUGAUUGAUAGAUUGAUUAAUUGGAUUUGAUUUAAUUGUCAUUAUUUCACUAUUUUUCACAAUUUUUAAAAAAUCUGAUUUUUUUUAAAUUAAAAAUCCACAAAUUAAGAGCAAACAUGACAUCAAACAACAACACCAACAACUCCUCCACCACUGAUGACGACAUGAACACCACCAGCGAAGAAGUCAACACUAGUUCACUGGAUUUGCAACUAAUGGACGGAUCGCCAGAUCAAGUGAUUCCGGAAAGUGAUAACGAUUCGGGAAUUGUUGCCAUUGUUGGCAAAAACAAGCGAAUCGGUUCCACGGCUUCCAACUCGGAUGAAGAUCACAGUCUUAAGGAUAAGAUCAACCAAUCGGUAAACCAGUUGUUGAAUACAUACGGCGGCGUUGGUUCAGUAGUCAAACCACGGGUCAGAUUUGACGACGAAUUACCGCUUUCUGAACAAAAUAUGCGAAAGUCUUGUAAGAAAUUGUUUGAAACCCUUCGCAACAACCAAAACAGUUUGCCAUCAAAUGAAGAGUCGUCUUAUAAUAAUAAUAACAAAAGUCUGUUGCCUUCAUGUCAUUGUCGACACUUUGCGCCGCAAUCGGGAUCAUCGGUAACGGCCAACAACUCGUGCAACGCGUGCUAUACUAACGACUUAAGUGAAGAAUCAUUCGACGACAACGAACUACUGAUUACGACCUACGGUAGAGAUCAGUACCCGACUAACGGUUACAAUCGCCAAUCGGGUGCUGGCGGUAGACAUACCAAAUACCAUACGUUGGACAACCGGAAAAAACAUAAUAACCCGAACUUGUGGUCAUCAAAAGCCGGUGGCGUCAAAAGUGGUGGUAAAACUUUCGAAGAUAUUGUCCACCGAAAGUCGUCGCCAAUCGAUUGUAACGAAGCGCUCGAUAAGAUUAAGCGAAUGUCCGAUCGGCUCGAGUCGUCAUCGAUGGUCAAUGCUUUCGCUCGGCCGGCGUUCAUCAAGUCGGCCGAUUUUGGCCAAACAAUGGACACCCUAUACGAGACAAUAUUUCCGACGACAGAUAUACCAAAAGUGACAACAAGUCAGACGCCAAAAACUUCGGCGACAGUCGAGUCGCCCAAUAGUCAUGUAAAUCGUUGGCUGAACAGCAGUCCCAUCAACAGCGGCGGCAACAACAACAACAUCGACAGGCAUACUGACGAUGACUAUGUCAUUGAUGUCAAAGAGUUUAAUGUGUUGUCUGCCGUAGCCGUCGGCGCCAACAACAAUCGCUUUGCCUCUGACCCGAAGCCGCCGUGUUUUUUGCGGUCAAUACCCAACGAUAUACAUAAAAUCCAUUCGAUGAACAGUCCGUCGAAAGGUUCGUACAUAUCGGCCGAUCAAAUCUAUCCGGACAUGACCUCCAACUGUGGUGACGACAACAUCAAUGGACUGCCGGUUACGGAUGUAAUGAACCGGUCAUUUGACGAACGGACGGCUACGGCGGCUGACCAGCGAUUCAGUCAAUCGUAUUCAGCCGGCGAUGACAUGAAAAAAGGUAUACUCCGUAAUCGACUGAAAGGUGCCACCAGUGAAAUAGAUCUCAACAAAACAUCGUUGACCACCGCAUCGCCAAAAUCAAAGUCAUUUCUCCAACGAUUUAAGUCAGCAUUCAGCCGUGCCUUUACAUCAUCGACAUCCGCGUCCAACUCAUCAUCCUCUGCAGCCGACAACAAACAGUUUCAGAAACAGUUGGCCAUCAAUACAGUACACAAUAGUAAAAGUCAGUCGCAAUCGGAUCUGCGGAUUAAUUGCGAUCCGAAAGGUAGCCGAAUGAACCUCAACACUGGUGGUGGUAUGGAUAGCCAACGACACCAUCAUCAUCAUCGGGGGUCGGCAGCAGCCGAUAGGUCACCAUCGUUUGUCAAGAAUAUCCGAUCCCGGAUCAGUUUGCGUCGAUCAUCAAACAAAGUCAACUCACCCGACAAGGAUAGUAAGUCAACUAAUAAAGCAAUAAACAGUCGCCGAAGUUUAUUGAUGGACCAACGGUACAAUAAUUCUUCAAUACCAUCAUCAGCAACGACAUCGACGUUGUUGUCGUCACCGAAACACCUGAGCUUAUCAUUGGCAACGGUAGACAACAUUGUGGGUAACAAUGACGGCGACCACAAUAACCGGGUUUGGGGCGAACUAAUUAAACUCAAUUCGGAUUCAUCGCAAGUAAUCCAAAUCCGUCGCCAAACUGGCCAUCCGUUCGGCUUUUUCGUUGCCCGCGGAACAGUCAAUCAGGUCAAAGGUGUUUUCGUGUCGCGAAUGAAAGACGAAGAAACCCAGAAAUGUCUGACCGGUGUCCUAGAAAUUGGCGACGAAAUACUGGCCAUUGACGGCGAAUCGGUUAAAGAGGCCAACAUUAUGCGUAUCAAUCAACUAAUUGCCAACAAAGAUACCAUUAGACUAACGAUUAUUCCUUAUAUGAAUAAUAAAUAUUUUUAG